AGUAUUUUAAUGAAUUAUACAUUCCAUAAAUUUAAUAUUAAUAUGAGUUUCUUUAGGUCCAAAAAGAUGAAAUAUUAUAGUUUAGUAAUACCUAGAGAGAGUGCUUGGAUAGUUAUGGAUCAAUUAGGAAGAUUAGGAUAAUUACAUAUUAUAGAUUACGAUCCUUUAUUACCAAUGAUGAAUAGGCCAUUUGCAAAUUAUGUAAAAAGGUAUUCAAAAUCUUUAUUAUUAUAGAUGCGAUGAAGCAUUGUUUAAAUUAAAUGGACUUAACACACUCCUCAAACAAUUUAAAAAAAAUCUAAUAUAUUGUGAAAAUACAUAAAAUUUACUUGAUAAAUUCAGAGAUAUCUAAAAUCUAAGGUAAAAACCAGGACAUACUUAUUUUGAUGAAAUUGAAUCAGAAAUAGAGAAAAAAAAAAUUAAUAUUUAGGAAAUGUCAAAUAAUUUGUAGAAUUUAUUAGAUAGAGUGGAUUCAAUUACAGAAUAAAAAUUAGUAUUAGAAAAAUCUAAAUAAAUUUUAGGAAAUUCAAUGUUUUCUUAGUAAAUUGACAUUUAUAAUUUAGAUCAAUUCCCCAUAAUGUGAAUGAUUACUAAUAAUUAAAAUUUGGACAAUUAAUUGGAGUAAUUGAUAAAGAGGAUGAAAAUAGAUUUAAAAGAAUAAUGUUUAGAAUAACGAAGGGUAAUGCAUGGGUAAAUAUUGUGGAUCUUUUACCUGAAAAAUAACACCAUUAAAUAAAAAAUUAAAUAGAUCUAAAUAGAGUAAAAGUUGUUUUUUAAACAAGGCAUCAUAACCUAGAUGUUUAUAUGUUGUUGUUUAUCCUGGAAUGAAUGAUUAGAGCACUUUGAAAUAGAAAUUAUUAAAAGUUUGUGAUUCUUUUUCUAAAAACAGAAUAGAAUAUCCUAAUUCUGAAGCAGCUAUGGAAAAUAGAUUAAAAGAUCUUAACAAUUAGAUUAAUGAAACUUAAAGUUUAAUUUAAAUGACCAAGAAGUAAUUGGAAAUAUCUUUAGAUGAAUUAGUUAGAGUUAGGGAUGGAUGUAAUUGUUCUUAUUUUGAAUAAUUAAGAUUAUAUGUAUAAAAAGAGAAAUAUCUUUACAUUAAUUUAAAUUACUUAACAAUGUAAGGUUCAAUUUUUACUGGAUAUUUCUGGUUACCAGAAGGAUUAGAAGUAUUAGUUGAAGAUAAAUUAAGAUAAGCAAUGUAAAAUAAUAUUGAUAGAUUUCCUACUGGAUAAAUUUAAGAAAUUAAACCAAAACCAGGUGAUUUAGCUCCCACUUACUUUAAUUUAAAUGAAGUUACUAUACCUUUUUAAGAAAUUGUUAAUACAUAUGGAAUACCAAGAUAUUAAGAAGUUAAUCCAGGUAUAUUCACAGUAAUAACAUUUCCAUUUUUAUUUGGUGUAAUGUUUGCAGAUAUAGCUCAUGGUUUUUUAUUAUUUUUAGCUGGAUUAUAUGUGAUAUUCUGGAAAAAAUAAUUAAACAAAUAAACAGAUUCAAUGUUUAAUGCUAUGAUUCCAUUUAGAUACAUAUUGACUCUUAUGGGAUUUUUUGCCUUUUAUAAUGGUUUAAUCUAUAAUGAUUAUCUCUCUAUAUCACUAAAUCUUUUUGGCAGUUGUUAUUCUUCUAAAAAUGAAGAGUGGGAAAGAAAAGAGAAUUGUGUUUAUCCAUUUGGUAUUGAUCCAGUUUGGCUAGCAUCAAAAUCUAGUCUAAAUUUCAUGAAUUCCUAUAAAAUGAAAUUAUCUGUAAUAUUAGGAGUAACUCAUAUGUUGUUUGGUAUUUUAUUAAAAGGAGUCAAUACUUUAUAUUUCAGAAACUAUUUAGAUUUCUUUUGUGAAUUUAUACCUUAAUUACUUUUUAUGGCUUCAACAUUUGGUUGGAUGGAUUUUAUAAUCAUUUAUAAAUGGUUAAAUGUUUAUCCAGACAAAUAAGAUCCAAGUAUCAUAGAGACGAUGAUAAAUCAAGUUUUAAAACCAAUGGAUAAAGCUUUAACACCAGUAUUUCCAAAUGAUGCAAGUCUAUAAUUAUCAAUAACAUAGAUUUUAACUGUAAUUGCAGUAUUAAGUAUACCUUGGAUGUUACUUCCAAAACCUUUAUUAUUAAGAUCAAGUUAAAAGAAACACAAAGUUUCAUUUAGUGAACCUUAAUAUCAAAAAUUAGUUUAAGAGAGACAAGGAUCUGAAUUGGAGAUUGAUCCCUAAUAAUUUAGAAAAGAUUUAUAGAGCGCAGCUUCUGGAAAGAGUUUUGAAUAAUCUGAAGUGGAACAUGAAUCAGGAGAAAUAUGGGUUCAUUAGAUGAUUGAAACAAUAGAAUUUGUAUUAGGAGGUAUUAGUAAUACUGCAUCAUAUUUACGUUUAUGGGCAUUAUCUUUAGCUCAUGGAUAAUUAGCUGAAGUGUUUUAUGAUAUGUGUAUUGCAGGUAAAUUAGAUAUGGGUGGAAUUGUAGGUGGAUUAAUGGGUGGAUACUUUUAUAUAGUAUUUGCAUUGUUAACUUUUGGUGUAUUGAUGAUGAUGGAUGUAAUGGAAUGUUUUUUACAUGCAUUAAGAUUACAUUGGUAUUAAUUCAACUCAUUUUUAAAGGGUUGAAUUUUAGAGCAAGUUCUAUAAAGCUGAUGGGUAUCUAUUCGUUGGAUUUUCCUAUAAUAAAAUGCUUUCUGACCAUCUUAAAUUAUGAUAUAAAAUAG